AUGAAAGUUCCAGCUAUUUAUAAUUUCCCUCCUUUUUUCACUCGUCAAGUGAAUGAAAACACUUGGCAAUCCCAAAAAUCGGCUUGGCAAAAAUGGAUCCAUAUUUGGUGCCGGGAGCAUAGAAUUACUCAGUUGAGUAUUCAUGCUGAAUUACUAGACAGCCCAUUAGUUCAUAAUGAAGCCAUUCACCGAACACUACCAUUACCUGUGUUCCGGGAAAUUGUAGAAGAUAUGGUGAAGCAAAAUUACGCUGAAUGGACUCAAAAGAAGGAACCUCGAGAUACCUUUUGGGUGUACUGGCGUUCCAUUGCUGAAUGGGGAAAUAUUAUCACAAAAUGGUUAUUUGACACCGGAAGAGAUGGUGCUGUUUGCACCUACUAUGAAUUACAGGAACAAUGCAAAGAAGUAGAUUGCUUGGAGGAAGGUCUACUACACAAAGUUUUAGAAUCGUUAAUGAAAAAAGGGAAUGUAGAGUUGAUGAAAGGUUCUUCUGGGAAAUACACCGGCUUCAAAGUGUUGUCCACAUCUUAG